AUGUCGAGAACAUACUAUGCCAAAAAGAAGACUGUUGCUGAAGGUCUGAUGGAUGUUGGCUUGAUGAUAGCCAAUACCAGCCAAUUAAAGUCUGUGAUUGAGGCUGGCUCCGCCCACAAGUACUUCUUGCUUCUCAUAAUACUGAUCAGCAUUACGCUCGUCCUACAAAUAUGCGUGGGCAUCCUCAUCCUGUUUCUGGGACUAACGGAGGAAGAGGAGAAGGAGGAGGGCACGAGGGCCAGUAAGAUCAACAACAGCGUUGUCGGUCUGAUAUUUCUUAUCACGGUACUAAAUGUCUUUAUCGGAGGAUUCGGAAUAUCAGAAUCACCUUAG